AUGUUUUAUAAGUUAAAUGAAUUUGACCUUUACAGUACAAAUACCAGUGUCGGUCUUCAUAAUGACUACAAGUACAAAUAUGCACUACCGUUUGAGAAAAUUGAAGGAUAUGUCAGCAAAACACAAUUUUUACAAAGGACUUGGCAUCACAGUAUUACAAUAUCGGUUGUCUAUUAUAUCUUUAUCAAAUUUAUACAACGGCUCAUGGAGAAUCGUAAACCGUUUACACUUCGAGUUCCAUUAAUUAUAUGGAAUUUUUUAUUAGCCGUAUUCAGCAUAAUAGCUUUUACUAGAUUUACAGAGGACGUUGCUUAUUCGGCAAUUUAUCGAGGAAUUUACGAAUCGUUAUGCUAUUCGGUGAAUCCAACUGAUGUUGCAGCAUUUUGGUCACUUCAGUUUGCAAUUUCAAAAAUUGUUGAACUUGGCGACACUAUUUUUAUUGUUUUACGCAAAAAACCUUUGAUCUUUUUACAUUAUUAUCAUCAUGCUGCUGUGCUGAUUUAUACGGCUCAUUCAGGAGCCGAACAUGCCGGAGCUGGACGAUUUUUUGUUAGUAUGAAUUUGUUUGCACAUUCCAUUAUGUAUUCUUAUUAUGCCUGUAAAGCCUAUGGAUUCAAAGUUCCAAGAUUUGUUGCAAUGAUGGUGACCACUGUCCAAACAGUACAAAUGCUAGCUGGAGUCUUUAUCUCAUACCUUGUCUACAGGAUAAAAACGGAAACGACUUUACCAUGCCAGCAGUCUAUGGGAAACCUCUACUUAGCCUUCUUCCUCUACACCACAUUUGCGGUUUUAUUUAUUCAGUUCUUUGCAAAAACUUACAUGAUGAAGGCGCGGAAAACCACAAAAGCUGAAUAA